CGUGCGAGUCGGCGGCCGGCUGCGCCCGCGUCAGUGGCGCCGGGCUGUGGCCGUGGAGAUGCGGCUCCUGGCCCUGGCGGCGGCCGUGGUGCUGGCGCUGGCUCCGGCCCCGGAGCUCUGUGGGGCCCUCAAUGUCACCGUGUCCCCGGGGCCCGUGGUGGACUUCCUGGAGGGGGACAAUGCCACCCUCCUCUGCCACGUCUCGCAGAAGAGGCGGAAGGACAGCCUGCUGGCCGUGCGCUGGUUCUUUGCGCUCUCCGGCUCCCAGGAGACCCUGAUGGUGAAGAUGACCAAGCUGAGGGUGGUGCAGUACUACGGCAACUACAGCCGCAGCCUCCAGCGGCAGAGGCUGCAGCUGCUCGAGGAGCGGCGGGGUGCCCUGUAUCGGCUCUCCGUCCUGGCCCUCCGGCCGACGGACCAGGGGCAGUACAUCUGCAAAGUCCAGGAGGUCAGCAAGCACAGGAACAAGUGGACGGCAUGGUCCAAUGGCUCGUCGGCCACGGAGAUGAGAGUGAUUUCCCUCAAAGCUUCUGAAGAUUCAUCCUUUGAGAAAAAGAAAAAGACAUGGGCAUUUUUUGAAGACCUCUAUGUCUAUGCCGUCCUCGUGUGCUGUGUGGGGAUCCUCAGCAUUCUGCUCUUCACCCUGACCAUCAUCUGGCAGUCUGUGCUCAACAAGAGGAAAUCCAGAGUGAGACAUUAUUUGGUGAAAUGCCCUCAGAACAGCUCAGGGGAGACUGUCACCAGCGUGACCAGCUUGGCCCCACUGCAGCCCAAGAAGGGCAAGCGGCGGAAGGAGAAGGCUGAUGUUCCCCCCGCAGUCCCUGCCAAAGCUCCAAUAGCCACCGCGUUCCACAAACCGAAGCUGCUGAAACCGCAGAGGAAAGUCACGCUGCCGAAGAUUGCCGAGGAAAGCUUGACGUACGCUGAGCUGGAACUGAUCAAACCCCACCAGGCUGCCAAGGAUGUGCCUACCAGCACCGUCUACGCACAGAUCGUCUUUGAGGAGAACAAGCUCUGACAGCGCCUCUCUUUCAGAGGUUCUAUUUGAUACCUGCCACCCCAGUUAUUUAUGAACCUUGGAAACAAAGUCCUUAUUUUUGUAUUUUCACUUGUGCCUUCUGUGUGGUGGGAAAACCUUUCCACCAGCAUUCCAGGUGCCUUCGAAGAGGUACGAGGUUGUGCUCCGCACAAAAAAAGAAGAGUGGGGGGCCACAGCCCUUUGACAAAUCUCCAGGACAAGACUUCUCUGGACCUGAGCCCUGACGGUGAGGACUCCGAUUCUGAGAGCACCCACGGAGGUUUUCUGCUGAGCCGAACCCAUUCACACUUUCUUCUUUCCCUGUUUUCUCGUCAUCUUUUUUUAAAAUCUGAAUUUUAAUCUACUCUUCCUGUAUUUGUGAUAUCAAGCUCAUAGUACUAGCUAAAGGAAAUGCCAUUAUAGACCAAAGAGCAAGAGAGUAGAUAAGUAGUAAUUGGUUUUCGGUGACUUUGCUAGGAUGUGCAGAAGCAAAGUAAAACGCUUAUCGCGAGCAGUCAUUUAGACAGCAUCUCUUGUUUUAAAUAGAUGCACUGACCCUGGCGAUUUAAGGGCAGAAAGAUGGAUUACGGGGGGAUGUCUGAAGUCUAAGCUGGCAGUGAGCUGCCUCUGACCACCAUCAUACCUACUUCCCCGUCCGUCAUUACCCCAGGCCACAGGACAAAUAGAACACUGUUCUACACAGCCUCCCAUCCCUAUGGUAGGGUGGACUUAUUGGGAUCAGUGCUUUCAUUCCACAAGAAGUUUUUACUCUCGUGGGUGUUUCCCAUCCACGGACACACUAGGGCAAGUGGCCUCUUCAAAUUCUGACUGGUUCCCCGCUCCUCUGGGAGCAAAGGCUGUUGCCUGGUUCCAUUGGGAUAGGAGACGAGGAAGUACAAGUCAGAUUGGGAAAAUGUAUCCUGAAGACCCUACUACUGCCAAGGGCCUUGCCCAGCUCAACUUGGCAUGUGGAUUCUCAUGAGGGUUGGGGGAGGGAGGGGGAGAAAUUCAUGGAGUGUACAUACAUGUGGCCGUUGCUCUGUGGACUUGUAAGACAUACAGGAAUCUCGGAUUCACGGAAGGCAGAUCCAUUCCGGAAGAGCAUCAUCCUGUAAACAGUGUUGUUAAGGAUAUUUCUCGAUGUGGAAAUUAUGUACUGCAUACUACAGAAAUUGUUUGACUAUGUAAUGGACCAUGUAUAUAUGGUAAAUGAUAUUUUUAAA